AUCGACGAUGAUAGGUCGCUCUACCCCGAUGACACUCGGACGCUGGAGACGAACCGCGACCGCGCUACAAUCGAUUCCUACUACUUCCAUGCUGAUGGCUCACGUGAGUCAGUGUGGAGUAAGCGUGCGAGCUUCCUCGACGAUGAGCGCAGCGGCGAGGUGCGCGAGCGAUUCGUGCGCGGUGUAGCGGCGAUGUACGGUGGAGACGGGCGGGAGAGGGAGACAAUCCCUCCCGUUCCUAAGCUGCCGUUUUGAAGUCCCUCAACGACCCUUCCUUCCCUGCCCUCACCGGUCCAUUCCUUCGAUUCUCGGAUUCGCUUCGGACAGAACUGUCAGCCGCAGAUAUCCAUGCGCAUCGCCAUUCCUUCUUUUUCUUGAUAGACGCCAGUAAAUAGACUUUUCGGGCGAUUGCUCGACUAUUGAUUGAUUGGUGGCUUGAUGGGUGGCUUGCUCGCGGGCGAGCUGGGCUUCCACUCAGCUCUGUACCGGGGCGCUUUCUCCCUUCUGUUUUGGGCUCGCCUCUUUGAAUUUUUCACUGGGGCUUUACUCCCUACUUACUUGGCCACCGGUCUGUCUGUUUGUCGUCGUAGGCUUCAAUCUGUUGCGGCUGCUAUCGUUAUACAUGUUCUGUUCACCCCGACACAGCUUUGA